AUGUCUCGUGGGCCUCCGCCGCCGGCUGGGGCCAAUGCCUACACCUUUGGCGACUUCGACUUCAACUCGCUCGUCACGGAUGCUAUGGCAGAUGACCCCAGCAUGAUGGCCAUGCUGGGCGAUAGCUCCAUGUACGACAAUUUCGACUCGAUGGGCAUGAAUCUCGACAACCCACCCGACGACACAUCCCUCGCUCAAUUCAGCGUCCAGAUGAACAACAACCAGGUCGCCGCCGCCGCCGCCAUUGGGCAGGCCAUGCGCGAUGGCAGCCCCAUGUCACCGCAGCAGAAGAAUGGCUCCAACUUCUUUUCCUUAUCAGCAGAGGAUCACCAGGGCUCUGGUCCCGGCGCCGGCCCCGCGCCAGCCGCCGGCUUCAGCUCCCAGGCUAACAUGCCCGGCGGCAACACCCUGACCGAGUUCACGAAGCGCCGGAACUGGCCCGCCAAGGUCGUCGAGGAGCUCAAGGACUUCCUGCAGAUUCUCGACGCCAAUGGUCGCAUUCGCUUUGUAUCGCCGAGCAUCCUCAGUGUUACCGGCUACAAGUCGGAGGAGAUUGCCGACAAGUUUCUCAAAGACUUUAUUCACGAUGACGACGUUGGUGUUUUUGUCGCCGAGCUCAAUGAGUCCAUCGCCUCUGGCAACCCGCUGCGCAUGUUUUACCGUUUCAAGAAGAAGGACGACACAUAUGCCAUCUUUGAGGCCGUCGGCCACGCUCACAUUGCAGCGGCGAAAUUUGCGCCGAACCCCCACAACCAGCUGCUCGACUCGUUUCUCGAGCACAAGAUUGACAAAAUUGAGAAUGAGCGGCCAUCGCCUGAGCUGAGGCGCGAAGCUGAGGCGCGAGGGAGGAAGCGCAAGAGGCAAUGGGCGAGACAGGACGGACGGUCGGACGCGACCCCUUCGGAGACGACCAUCAAGUCCUCGUUCGUGGGCAGGCCGGCGCUCUAUCACCAGAACACCAGCGGCAGCAGCACAUCCAUGGGCCCGCCGCCGGACAGGACGCCGCUCAACGUGGCAUUAACACGCGAGGCGCUGGAAGGCGUGGCCAACAGCCGGCCAGACUCGCUCAAGGAGAAGAUGGCGCGGUACGAAGGCUCUCACGCCGAGCAGAUUGAGAUGCUGACAGGACUAAACUACGUCGAUGGCGAGCGGAGCAAGGGCAUCACGACGGGCAACGCGAGCCCGACGCUCAUCAAGGGCGAUGCGGGCAUCGCGAUACCGAUGGACCGGGACCCGCGCACGGGCGAUAAGAAGAAGAAGCUCAAGACUUCGGAGGAAUACGUGUGUACGGAUUGUGGCACGCUCGACUCGCCCGAGUGGCGGAAGGGUCCCAGUGGGCCCAAGACGCUAUGCAACGCGUGCGGCCUGCGGUGGGCCAAGAAGGAAAAGAAGGUCAAGAACAGCCCGAGGAUGGGAGGAGGCGCCAUGGCGGAGUAG